AUUGAUUGUCAUUAUGUCUCGCCUUCUCCCGUGUAUUUCCAUCCUAAAAUCAUUUACGGGUCAUCUCCAAUAAUAGAAGACAAAACAAAAGAAGAUUUCUUCCAUCAGAUGUUUCCAAAUGGGACCCAUCAAUAUAUGGGAAUCCUAGAGUUGCUGAUGCAUUUCAAGUGGAUCUGGAUUAGUGUAGUAACAUAUAAUGAUGACAAUGGAGAAAUAUUUAAGCAGAAUAUACUUCCCGUUUAUUCUCAGCAUGGCAUUUGUGAUGUUGCUGAAGCAGCAGUGGAAUGGUUUUCAACUUCAUGUCUUGUCACAGGAAGUGCUGCCAAUACUGUUAUUAUACAAGGUGAACUGCAUACUAUUAGUGUAUUAAGAUCAAUUUUCCACUUUGCACAGUUUUAUGAUAUAGCAGUUGAAAACCGAGUGUGGAUCAUGACAGCCCAGAUGGAUUUUGCUUCUCCUGGUUUUCUAAAAGAUUGGGACAUACAUUGCCUCCAUGGAGCUCUGUCCUUUGCAAUUCACACAAAUUAUCCUAAAGGAUUCCAGAAGUUUCUGCAGAAAAGAAAUCCUGUUUCAGAAAAUAGGGAUGACUUUAUCAGAGUCUUGUGGAAAGAUGCAUUUAAUUGUGAUUUCUCAAAUUCCCCUCUAGAAGAGAAAGAUGAGAUGAUCUGCACUGGGGAGGAAAAGUUGGAGAAUCUACCUUUGACCCUCUUUGAUACAAGCAUGUCUGGUCACAGUUAUAGCAUCUACAAUGCAGUAUACAUUAUGGCUCAUGCUUUGCAAGAAAUAACUUCAUCCAAGACAAAACAGAGAUCGAAGUUGAAAGAGAGAGCACAAGAUCGAUUAAAUCAGGAGCCAUGGCAG